AUGUACAGAAAUGCGUAUCAACGCGGAAUGCUUACAAUAUUUUUCAGCGUGGGAUCAAAGCCCCUCGCUAUAUGGGAGACACGAAUGCAAGACGGGUACAUAACGCGAUUUCUCGAUCAAGACAUAAAAUCUAUGGUCUUAGAAAUAGGUGGAACCAACGUAAGUACAACUUACAUCACGUGUCCCAAAGGCAACGGGGUGUUGGGCAUAACCAUGCCCUUUCUGGUCAUGAUAGUAAAGAAUCUGAAGAAGUAUUUUUCAUUUGAAGUCACGAUACUGGACGAGACGGGAACGCGCCGCCGCUUUCGCGUAUCGAAUUUUCAAAGCACCACCCAAAUAUUGCCUUUGUGCACAGUCAUGCCGAUCGGUCUUUCUGAUGGAUGGAAUCAAAUACAAUUCAAUUUAGCCGAGUUCACACGGCGCGCUUACAAAAAGCAGUUCGUCGAAGUGCAGAAACUGAAAAUUAACGCCAAUAUACGUUUAAGGAGAGUAUAUUUCACGGAGAGAUUGAUACCCGAAGAUGAAUUACCGGCGGAGUACAAAUUAUUCUUUCCACUCGCCUCGAAGAAGAAACAAGGGAAGGAGAAUAAACCUACUUCGCAGCAGGCGAUAAAACCAAUCACAUCAGCCAAAUUAGAGGCAAAGACUGACGAAGCAAAGAGUUCGAAAACAUCGGUACAUUCGCUAACAAAAGUACCAUCACAGGAAGAUAAGAGUGAAGAUAAACAUAACUUAGAGAAAAAGGUAUCACAAGUGGAAACAGAAGGUCCUGUUGAAAAGGUACCUUCAGGAAAACAAAUCGCCGAUGAAGAUAAGCCUAAAACUGCCGGGGCAGAAUCUACACUUGGAGAGGAACAAGAAGGAGAAAAAGUCGAGGAAUAUGCUGCUGAACCCGAGACUAAGCCAGAGGAAGCUGAGGGCGCACCUCAAGAGAAACCAGGAGAGCCAGUUGCGGCAGAAACUGCUCCUGAAUAA